AUGGUGUCCGACCAUGUCCUGAGGCUGUGUCGGGCUCACAACUCGGUCAGCUCCAUCCUUGCCAAGAACCCGACAAAGGGCCCCGGAGUCAUCGCUAAGGAUCUGUACGGCCACUACGAGAAAGAUCUCCGUCGCUCCCCAGAUGAAGACAGACCGCAACCGUCGCCCGAGAUACUAGAAUUAGCCCGUCAUUGCGGCAACUGGGGCCCGACGACUCCGAGCCCGUUAUUCCUCCAGGCAUUUGCAGAUGCUCUCCGAUGUCUGGAUGCGGAUGCGCUUUCAAGCGUCGUGUCUCCUCCGCUGAUGGGCUCUCAUGGCACAAUCCCGUUGACCGUGAUUGCGCCGCUGGUGGACGUCAUUCGCCAUGUCUCAAAUGUCAUCGCGCGAGCGGAGAAGGAGGUGUUCUUCAUCACCUGCAACUGGUCGCCAUCGGUUGCUCAGAGACUCGUCAAGAAUGCGCUUAUCGAGCUGUCCAGACGAGCCCGAGAGAGGAAUCAAAGGGUUGUGGUGAAAUUAAUGUACGACAAGGCAACGGCCGCCAGUGCGCUUGAUCCGCACCAACGCGUCAAGCCAGAGACUUAUUCAUCCAAGGCCAUCCAGCUGCCUGCUCGCGAAGAGAUUCCUAACCUUGACAUGGAAGUUGUCAGUUUGCAUAAACUGGUUCUAGGCACGCUCCAUGCCAAAUUUUGCGUGGUUGAUCGUAAGAUCGCCGUCGUUAUGAGCAACAAUAUGGAGGACAAUUCCAACAUGGAAAUGAUGACGCAUCUAGAAGGGCCAAUCGUUGAUAGCAUCUAUGACACAGCGCUCAUCACAUGGAAACACCCCUUCGACCCUAUUCUCCCUUCACACAGCUCUCCAGCAUCAGAGGGCGGGCUGCCAACGUCCAGCGAGGAGCCUCUAUAUCUCGAUCGAAAAACAGGUCCAGACCAAGAACAUAUCGCAGCAAACGGACAAGCACAUCCAAGUCUUCCAGAGCAUACGCCGGAAGAUCCACACUAUGAUGUCGACAUGGCUGGGGAAAUCGCGCGCAUGCAGUCGUGCUAUUCUACUAAACCAGAUGAAACGAGACUUCAGGCUGCAAACCGCCAACUGAAUCUUGCAGUCAAGGACCAUAUUGCGCCGACCGGUCCUGAUAUCCCCGAUGGACAUGAAAUGACGCCUUAUAUUAAUACAUCCACCCCUUAUUCAGUUCCCAUAGCCAUGGUCUCGCGCCCUCCAUACGGAAGUGUCGAUUCCAAAAAUGUCUUUGUGCCCCAAAACGAAGCUUGGCUAUCUUUAAUUCGCAACGCUAAAACCCACAUCUUCAUUCAAACCCCGGAUCUUAACGCUGCACCACUCAUUCCGGCCUUGGUUGAGGCACUAAAACGUGGUGUUGAAGUUACAUACUACGUCUGCUUUGGGUACAAUGAUGCCGGAGAAAUUAUCCCAGGACAAGGUGGGACAAACGAACAAGCUGCACGCAGCCUACUCUCUCUCCUUCCAAAAGGCGGACCAGAGCGUGAACUCCUGCAUAUAUACGACUACGUUGGAAAAGACCAGGAUCAUCCAAUUCACCAAUGCUUCCGAACUCGCUGCUGUCACGUCAAACUCCUCAUCGUAGACGGCACUGUUGGAAUACAAGGAAGUGGGAACCAAGACACCCAAUCUUGGUUCCACAGCCAGGAGAUAAAUGUCAUGGUAGAUAGUCCUGAAAUAUGUAGCAAAUGGAGAGACGGAAUCGAUAGAAACCAGAAUACGAAGCUGUUUGGAAGAGUAUCUGAUGAUGGGGUAUGGAGAGACAAGGAUGGAAAGCCCGGAGACGGAUAUAUGGGAGAUCCCAACUCCGUAGAGGGAUUGAUCAAGGGUGUGUGGGGGAUGUAUAAAAAGAUGGAGCGCGCUUAG